GACUUUAUAAAAGGCAAAGGACACGGACUCGUCGUUAACCUCUUUGGGCCCCCUGGGGUCGGCAAGACGUUUUCAGCAGAAGCCACGAGCGAGCAUGUUAAAAGGCCUUUAUACGUGAUUGGGGGAGGCGAUUUGGGGACGAAGGCUUCUGAAUUGGAUUUGGCGCUUGAGAGGGUUUUUGACGUCGCUACGGCGUGGAAGGCUAUUGUGUUGAUUGAUGAGGCGGAUGUGUUCCUUGAACGAAGGUCUUUGCAUGACCUUGAGCGGAAUGCGAUGGUUGCUGUUUUCCUCCGACAUGUCGAAUACUACCGCGGCAUCCUCUUCCUCACCACAAACCGCGUUAAAGCCUUCGAUGAAGCCUUCCUCUCCCGCAUCCACGUCGCCCUGCACUUCCAGCAGCUCUCCCAAGAAUCAAAGGAACAAGUCUGGAAGGCGUUCAUCGCAAAGAUCAAUGCGUCCGAGUCUAUCUCCCCCGAGCAGAUCAAGGAACUUGCUAAGAGGAAUAUUAAUGGACGGCAGAUUAAGAAUGCGUGUAGGACUGCGCAUAGUCUUGCGGUCGGCAAGGGGGAGGGAGUGGUUAGGUUUGAACAUGUUGUGCAGACUUUGGAUGCUAUGGAUGAGUUUACGAAGGAGUUUCAGGGGAGUGCUUGA